AUGCGCUUCAAAGUGUAUGUCGCUGCGGCGACGUACCUACUUUUAGGCUCUCAAACCGCCCAGGCUGGUCCUAUUAGACGGGCAUAUAAUGUAAUCCCCCGUGACGAGACAACUACUCCGACAGGCGUGCCUGACUCAAAUAGAUCGAAUCCGCUGACGACGGGCGUGCCCGUGGCAUCUACCCCGGGACCAAAUUCGGGACCCCCGACUCCGACUCCAUCUGCGUCUGCUUCGCCCCCUGAUUCUUUGCAUCCCGCGACGGAGUCUACGGCCCAUCCGGGACAGUCGACGGAUACUCCUACUACAGACCCUUUGGGGGCUGUUCCUACAAGUGGCUCUACUACGGCGGUGCUCGGAUCGGGACAGACGACACAUGCUGCAGGGGAGUCCUCGACUAUCGCUGCCACAGGGCCAGCUUCGUCUAGCGGUGAUCAUUCUAUUUCCGAGGCCACGGGUGUAGCAACGGCGACAAGCACGCCUGGUGCAGCACCGACGACUGUGCCCGGCACAUCUCCAAGCAGCGUGUUGGGUGUGGGACCGACGAACACAAUCGCCUCAUCCCCAGCUACUACAGUCGGUACAUUUCCAACUGCUUCACUCGGUACGGACCCGACGAACACAAUCGCUUCGUCCCCAGCUACUACAGCCAGUACAUUUCCGACUGCUGUACUCGGUACGGACCCGACGGCCACGGGUGCGGUUGGUACAUCUCCAACUGCUAUACUCGGUGUGCAGCCAACGAGUGUACUCGGCCUGGAACCAACGACUACAACGAGCAUAGCACCAACGACUACAACUGGUACAGCACAGACAGCUGUUGUCACCACUCCCACAGCAACAGCAACUGCAAGUUCAACAACAGCUGGUGAUGUGGCUGCCACUGGACUGCCUACGACAACGGCGCCAGGGUUGCUGGCAACCCCCUCGACUUUGACAACGACUGACGCUGCUAGUCAAACAACAACCACCUCCGGCGGCGUCACAACGCCAACUUCGAACAUUAUCUUUGAGACAACCUCUCGGGCCACUGCAACCACAGGUACCUCGUCUGUCCCAAGCUCACUCACAACCUCAACUCCCGGGUCCGGCAUAGACACAGGCACUGGCACAGGCGGCUCAUCCUCUCCCAACUCAGCUCCAACAGACGUCCUUGGCCCUGGCACAGCUACAGCUAUCUUUGACCCAACAAGUCAGACAUCAUCUCAAACAGGGGUUCCAGGCUCUGGCACCACAACUCCCGCGACGGGGACAUUGGCCAGCCAGUCGUACUCCAUCACAGGACCAACUACCACACCUAUCGUGACUACACGUCAAUUCCCUCUGAACACGACCGUUGCGUCGCUCGUUACGGGUGGAGGUGAUCUAACAACAGCGCUUGGAGCGUCUGCCACCACUUCUGGGGCACAGUUCAUCACGAGUCGUCAGAACAACUCAAUUCCCACUACACAAAGUGAUCCCUUUAACACGGCGACCACCCAGUCGACUACAGAUCAAUACGGCUCUACAGGAAACACUCUGGGAUCAUCUGCCACCACCACCUCCGUGAAAGAGUUCAUCACGAGCUCUCAGAGCGAGCCAACUACCUCGGCAUCAUCUACGGACUUCAGUACGUCGUCUGCCCCAAGUAAUGGCCAGACAACUCAGAAUGUACCUGGUUCGACAACCAUAGGAAAUUCAGAGCCUACUGCGACAGUUUCAACUCUUACAUCUGGUCCUCCGCAAACCAGCAACACAGGUGAUGCUUCAAAUCCUACGGGGUUGCCAACCGUAACUCUCCCAGGACUCACAACAACAUCAUCAUCCACUGAACAACAGGGAUCACAGUCGACAGGCACGGCCACAUCGUCGCCCACAACAACAAUCACAGUAACCCCCACUGGCCAGCCGGACUCCAAAGUCCCAACUGCAUUUUCCAGCUUCCCAACCGCCACCACAACCAUUCCCGCAUCUGUCUACGCCUCCAACCUCGCGCAGGCCAAAGACCUCAACAGCGUCUUCUCCUCGCUCACACCCCAGUCCUCCUGUUCGGGGUCCCAAACGGCCUGUAUAUCCGGCCAAGUUGGCUCUUGUAGCAAUGGGGCGUUUAAUCUCGAUGCCUGUUCUCAGGGGCAAAAGUGCUAUGCGUUGCCCAUGACCAAUGUCAGGGGUGCAAAAAUAGGCUGUUACGAUCCUGCGUAUGCCCAGGGGAUUCUCGGGCCGGAGCAGAGCACCGGGCCGAGGAGCAUGCGUACGACGUUUGUAACCGAGACUAGGAGACCGGUUGUUACACGUACGGAAGUCCGCACCGUUACGAAUAAGUCAUCUACACCUACGCUUGUUCUGAGCCCCCAACCGGAAGUGGGUGGAUCUUCAUCAGCCCAGUCUGAGUCCCAGCCAACACCAACGGCGUCGUCUUUGUCGGCGCCGACAUUUAUAUCGACAUCAACGUCAACCUUGAUAGAAUAUACCCCUUCUGCCCCAUCUGCUUCAACAACUACUCAAUCACCACUAGUAGUAACAACAAUACCUAUCCUCUCCCCUUCAACAACAACUACCACACCACUACCAGAGACAACGACGCCUGUUCUCCCUUCUCCGGAGACAACCACUCCUCUACCAACGCCAACUACCACGCCCAGCCCUUCCCCUCCCACAACCUCGUCCUCCAUCCAACCAACCCAAGUGGUCAUCACACAAACCUUCAACAAACCCACCAGUCUCCCACCACCAAACUCAACAAAACUGUUCCUCCGCCCCCUCGACGACGGAACAACAUCAACAACCGCCAGCGCGCCAGCCGCUGUGACAAGGAAUGCUGGAGGCCCCGAUGCCGACCCAUCGAUGACGACUAUCGUUAACAACGGUACGCCCACGGUGUCGGUGUUUGUAACCGUAACAGUGACCGACACGCAGAAGGAGACGGUUACAGUGACGGCUCAUAAUUAA